AGUUGAGGAAGUGGAUGUCUGCAAGCUUGACCAUUACUUUUCUAUUCUUCUUUUUUGCUGUUUUCUCAUCUGUCUUUUCUUGUUUGGUCGAAAGCACGAAUCUUCCUGGUAUUUGGCAUUAAUGAAGAGAAGGCCUAAAAAAAUGUACAACCUGUACUGGGUUGGCGUCAAAUGAUGUGUUUGAGCUCCAUAUAUAGCUGGCAAGCGACAGUAGUUUGUUUAGCAUUUGUGAGUUUUGAUUCUUGAAGUGGAGGUUGUGAUCCUGGGAGUAUGAAAGCGAGAAGAGGAAAACGUUCUGAGCCCUUUUGGCCCUCCAUUGUGAUGAAGAAAUGGCUGAAUAUCAAGCCCAAGGUUUAUGAUUUUAGUGAAGAUGAAGUUGACACUGAGAGUGAGGAUGAUGCUUGUUCGCUUAAAGAUGAACGUAUACAUGAUGAUCAUGCCGAUACAAUUCAGACAGUUUGCUCGAGUAAAACUGCAGGGAAACCUUUGAAAGACUAUUCGGUGAGACACAGGAGAGGAAAAUCAGAAACUUUGCGACUCCAGUACAUAAAUACAAAAGAUGUGAGAGUAACAGUAGGUACAUGGAAUGUUGCUGGAAGGCUUCCAAAUGAUAAUCUUGAGAUCGAUGAUUGGCUCUGUAUGCAAGAGCCAGCAGAUAUAUACAUACUCGGUUUCCAAGAGGUGGUUCCUUUGAAUGCUGGGAAUGUACUCGGGGCAGAAAAUAGAAGACCAAUUCCCAAAUGGGAGAAAAUCAUCCGCAGAACUUUGAAUAAGUCACUGGAACCUGAUGCUAAACAGAAGAGCUACAGUGCACCUCCCUCUCCAGUUUUUAGGACUUCCUCUGCUUCUGAUAUAUUGGCUGAUGCAACUGAUACUCCUGUGCUAGACAUAUUUGGAGAGGAUUCCAUAGGCACCAUCGUCGGCGGUGAUCCUGAGAUAACCAGCAUGCGGAAGAACAUCCGUCUGAAGAAAAUAUAUAAUAUUGAUUGGGAUAACAGGUUGGAUUGGCCUGAACAAUCAUUAGAUGCAACAUCCCAACCUCUAUCUUCUAGAUCCACGUUACGAAGAGUACUAAGCAGUUCCGCAAGAAUUGGUUCUACCUGGAUGAGCAACGGUCUCACCUCCAGCCCUCAAAAUAUUCCGCUGAGUGGUUCUGGCUUAAAACGAAUGCACCGUAGCUCUGGAAACUUAGGAUUGAUCCAUAUGGACCAGGAAGAUGAGCUUGAAGUUCUAGAUUCUCUCUCUGAUGAAUUGGAUCAAAUCUCUGGAGAGGAAGAAGAUUCUUUUGUAGAAAUGACAGAGAUCAGGCGUGAAAAUGCUCUUUCAAGUGAAGCAGUGAAGUCACAUCCAACUUAUGUACGGAUCGUAAGUAAGCAAAUGGUUGGAAUAUAUGUAUCUGUGUGGGUGCGCAGAAGGUUAAGGCGACACAUAAACAACUUGAAAGUAUCUCCAGUUGGAGUUGGGCUUAUGGGCUACAUGGGCAAUAAGGGAUCUGUUUCUGUUAGUAUGUCUCUUUUCCAAAGUCGUCUCUGCUUUGUUUGUUCUCAUUUAACCUCUGGUGAAAAAUAUGGGGCUGAGCAAAAGCGUAACUCUGAUGUUCAUGAGAUUAUAAGGCGCACUCAUUUCUCAUCUGUCUUUGACAUUGAUCAGCCACAGACAAUUCCAUCACAUGAUCAGAUAUUCUGGUUUGGAGAUUUGAAUUAUCGCAUCAAUAUGUUGGACUCAGAAGUAAGGAAGCUUGUUGACAAGAAGCAGUGGGCUGAGCUUCUCUACAAUGAUCAGUUAAGCAAAGAACUCCGGAAUGGGCAUGUUUUUGAUGGAUGGAAAGAAGGGAUCAUAAACUUUGCACCUACAUACAAGUAUGAGAUUAACUCUGAUAGAUAUGUUGGUGAAAACCCUAGAGAAGGAGAGAAAAGGAGAUCUCCAGCAUGGUGCGAUCGGAUACUUUGGUUUGGAAAAGGCAUUAAACAACUUUUCUAUAAGCGAGCAGAGAUAAGGCUAUCAGAUCAUCGACCUGUCAGUUCAAUGUUCAACGUUGAAGUCGAAAUCUUUAAUCAACGCAAGCUCCAGAAAGCACUUAAUUUCUCCAGUGCGGUCGUACAUCCUGAGGUUUUUCUUGAUCAAGUUGACGAUUACCAACUUUAGCAUGUAGAUAGCUACAAAUCCUAAUAACAGGGGGGGUGAUAACAUAUGCCAUCUUCAUUUUCUUCAGAUGGAAAAUUUUGUGCACGUCUUUUGUUUUGAUUUUCAUCAAGAUGUAGAGGUUUGCUUUCAUUUGGAAUUCAAAUAGUUGUGCUCAUGAUGUAUAAAGACAUAACAUUAGGAUUUCUGCUUAAUUCUUAUUCAUUCUCUUGGAUUACAAUACUGUGAAGUAUAAAUAUAUUUGAUGUUAGGUUAUCAGGGAUAAGUGUAAUCUGCGCUACUCAUCAGGAAGAUGAGUAGAUUGCUCGUACCUCUAUGUUCAUACAUGGGUGCCUUCAGCUAGCCAGGAGUGGGCUGUUGUUUAUGCUCUCCCCGCCGUUGGUGU